AAGGUUGUUUUAGGUAUUAUUUGGCUUCGGUUCUCAGUUUUGCAGCCACCUCCAAGAUGAAGACAUCAACUCUCUGCCUCCUGCUGGCUCUGGCGGUCACGGUGGUCUGCGCCGAACCAGUGAACCUAAACUGCUUUAUCGACGACACAAAGAUCAGCAAGGUCGUAGACUGUGUCAAAGAGAAAGCCAGCGAAGAGAUCGCCAAGAAAAUUGACGCAGCACGUGUGGGCCUUCAGUGCCCAGACAUCCCGUGUACUCUGCGAAAACUCUGCAAUAAACACCACGGAAGGAUCCCGGCCCACUCUACCAAAGCAUUUUACUCGAACGAGGACAAGGCAAUCAUCCGUGGACUUUUUGACACCUGCCGCCAACUGUCCUGAAGCAUUGAUACCAGCUCAACGUUCCGUCGUGCCAUGAACUAGCGCAAUAAAUUGUGGUCAUA